AUGUCUGUACUGCCUGAUUUAAGCAGCUUUUGUGAGUGCAGUGCAGAGGUGAUUGAAGAUAAUGAGGAGAAAGAAGAAUUGAAGAACAGCCAAGAAAUCUUUCACCUGCACUCAUGUGGGAAGGGUUUCACACAAAAAUAUCAUCUUGAUGUUCACAUAAGAGUUCAUACUGGAGAGAAACCAUUUACCUGCAUGCAGUGUGGGAAGAGUUUCACACAAAAAUAUCAUCUUGAUGUUCACAUACGAGUUCAUACUAGAGAGAAACCAUUCACCUGUGAUCAGUGCGGGAAGAGUUUCUCACACUCAACAACCCUUAAGGAUCACAUGAACAUCCACACUGGAGAGAAGCAGCACACAUGUGAUAAAUGUGACAAAACAUUUUUGAGAGCUUCGGAGCUGAAGAAGCACAUUAAUGUUCAUCUGAAGGAGAAACCACAUUUAUGUCAUUUGUGUGGAAAGUAUUUUACAUUACUACAACAUUUGAAAGAACAUCAGAAAAUACAUACUGCUGUACAUGUGCUUUCAGUGUGCUUUCAGUGUGAAAAGACUUUUAUUUCAGCAAGCCAUUUAAAACUGCAUGAGAGGAUCCACACUGGAGAGAAACCAUAUCACUGCACUGAAUGUGGGAAGUCUUUCAAUCAAUCAUCUUCUCUACACUCUCACACAAAAAACAUUCACAAUAAGUAGAUCAUCUUCAGAUCUGAUGAGCGUUCUGACCAAAAUGACACUCCAAUCAACCAAUAAAAUAUCUUCCAGAUAAAUCUGUCAUUACUUAUGAAUUAAUAAUAAUUCGAAGAUGGUGCCGAGCAUGUUGUUGUUGCGAGCUCCGAGUAAACUUAGCAGUAUUUCGUUUGUUUUACUUGUUUUUUUGUUGUUCUACGUGUUGGAUGUUGUUUGUAUAACUGUCUACGACAGACACACGCUUCUAAACAUUGGUUCCAACAUCGCAGAACGCAAACCGGACUUUGAGUUCUUGAACGCUGGCGCUUUGUUUACAGACACCGCAUCAGAGCCCUUUGUCUGGGCUGCGCGGGCGCGACCGAGGAAACGCCGCCGGAAAAGA